GGGGCGGCGCCGGCCCGGGCGGCGCUGCGAAGUUUCCCGGGGCCGGCGCGGAGCAGCGAGCGGCGGCGCGGGCAGCCGAGGCGAGCCGAGCCGAGCCGAACCGGGCCGGCCCGAGGCGAGCCGGACCGAACCGGGCCGCUCAUGGCGGCGUGACGAGCGGCGGCGCCAUGGGCCGGGCCGGGGCCAGCGCGGUCCCCCGCGGCCUCCCGGGCCUGGUGCUGCUGGCGCAGCUCGGGGCCGCCACAGUGCUGCAGUGCCUGGAGGGGUCGAAGCCCUGCGAGAACGGGGGCCAGUGCGUGCUCUACUCCAACGGCCGCGCCGCCUGCCUGUGCCAGCCGGGGCUGCUGGGGGAGCAGUGCCAGUUCCGGGACCCCUGCACCCCCUCGCCCUGCGCCAACGGGGGGGUCUGCCAGAGCACCCUGCGCGACGGCACCCUCCAGUACCAGUGCUCCUGCCCCAGGGGCUUCCGCGGCCAGGACUGCUCGGUGCCGGACCCCUGCACCCCCAACCCCUGCGCCCACGGCGGGCGCUGCAGCGCGGGCGCCGGCGGCCGCUUCGAGUGCUCCUGCCCGCCGGGCUACCAGGGCCGCACGUGCCGCGCCGACGUGGACGAGUGCCGCGACGGCGUCACCGGCGAUGUCACCUGCCACCACGGCGGCACCUGCGUCAACGCGCCGGGCUCCUUCCGCUGCCGCUGCGCCGCCGGCUUCGGUGGCCCCCGCUGCGAGGUGCCCGCCGCCCCCUGCGCCCCCCGGCCCUGCCUCAACGGUGGCACCUGCCGCCGCCUGGGCCCCCGCGCCUUCGACUGCCUCUGCCUGCCCGGCUUCACGGGGCAGCAGUGCGAGGUCAACGUGGACGACUGCCCCGGGCACAAGUGCCUCAACGGGGGCACCUGCGUCGACGGCGUCAACACCUACAACUGCCAGUGCCCGCCCGAGUGGACAGGCCAGUUCUGCACGGAGGACGUGGACGAGUGCCAGCUGCAGCCCAACGCCUGCCACAACGGGGGCACCUGCUUCAACACGCAGGGCGGCCACACCUGCGUCUGCGUCAACGGCUGGACGGGCGCCGGCUGCAGCGAGAACAUCGACGACUGCGCCACCGCCGUCUGCUUCCACGGUGCCACCUGCCACGACCGCGUCGCCUCCUUCUACUGCGCCUGCCCCAUGGGCAAGACCGGGCUGCUGUGCCACCUGGACGACGCGUGCGUCAGCAACCCCUGCCACGAGGACGCCGUGUGCGACACCAACCCCGUCAACGGCCGCGCCAUCUGCACCUGCCCCCCCGGCUUCACCGGCGGCGCCUGCGACCAGGACGUCGACGAGUGCUCCAUCGGCGCCAACCCCUGCGAGCACUUUGGGCGCUGCGUGAACACGCAGGGCUCCUUCGAGUGCCGCUGCGGCCGGGGCUACGCGGGGCCCCGCUGCGAGACCGACGUCAACGAGUGCCUGUCGGGGCCCUGCCGCAACGAGGCCACCUGCCUCGACCGCAUCGGUGACUUCACCUGCAUCUGCAUGGCCGGGUUCAGCGGCACCUUCUGCGAGCUCGACGUGGACGAGUGCCAGAGCAGCCCCUGCGUCAACGGCGGCCGCUGCCGCGACGGCGUCAACGGCUUCAGCUGCUCCUGCCCCGCCGGCUUCGCGGGCCCCAUGUGCCAGACGGACAUCGACGAGUGCGCCAGCACCCCGUGCCGCAACGGCGCCAAGUGCCUGGACCGGCCCAACGGCUACGAGUGCCGCUGCGCCGAGGGCUUCGAGGGGCCGCUGUGCGAGCGCAACGUGGACGACUGCUCGCCGGACCCGUGCCACCACGGCACCUGCGUGGACGCCAUCGCCGGCUUCGCGUGCGCCUGCGCCCCCGGCUACACGGGCUACCGCUGCGAGGUGCAGCUGGACGAGUGCCACAGCAGCCCCUGCCGCCACGGCGCCAAGUGCAUCGACCGCAUCGACCACUACCAGUGCAACUGCCUGCCCGGCACCUCGGGCGUGAACUGCGAGGUGAACUUCGACGACUGCGCCAGCGACCCCUGCGACUACGGCGUGUGCCAGGACGGCAUCAACCGCUACGACUGCAUCUGCAAGCCUGGCUUCACAGGCCCGCAGUGCAACGUGGACAUCGACGAGUGCGCCUCGCAGCCCUGCCGCAACGGCGGCACCUGCGUCGACGGCGAGAACGGCUUCAGCUGCCUGUGCCCGCCGGGCACCCGCGCCCCGCUGUGCCACCCGGGCGCCGAGCCCUGCCGCAGCAGCCCCUGCGCCCACGGCGCCUGCCGGGACCUGGGCGACGGGUUCGCCUGCGACUGCGAGCCGGGCUGGGCCGGCCCCACCUGCGCCCGCAGCACCCACGGGUGCGAGUCGCAGCCCUGCCAGCACGGCGGCACCUGCAGCCCCCACGCCGGCGGCUACCGCUGCGCCUGCAAGGAGGGAUACCAGGGCACCCACUGCCAGACGGACGUCAACGAGUGCGCGCCGAACCCCUGCCUGCACGGGGGCACCUGCGUGGACGGGGUGGGCACCUACCGCUGCCUCUGCGCCCUGCCCUUCGCAGGCCGUAACUGCGAGCGGGUGCUGGCACCCUGCGCCCCCAACCCCUGCGCCAACGGGGGCCUCUGCGUCCCCACCGCCGACUACGAGGGCUUCAGCUGCCGCUGCCCCCCCGGAUGGCAAGGCGGGCGCUGCGAGGAGGACGUGGACGAGUGCGCGGGGGGGCCCUGCCGCAACGGCGGCUCCUGCGCCAACCGGCCCGGGGCCUUCGCCUGCCUCUGCCCCCGCGGCUACGGCGGGGCCGCCUGCCAGCACCGCCUCGACCCCUGCCAGCCCGACCCGUGCCUCAACGGGGGCACGUGCCGGGCCGAGGCGGACACCUUUGGGUGCACGUGCCCCCCCGGCUUCGCGGGCCCCCUCUGCGGCACCGACGUGGACGAGUGCCGGGACCGGCCCUGCCGCAACGGUGGCACCUGCACCGACUACGUCAACAGCUUCGCCUGCGCCUGUGCCCCCGGCUGGGCCGGCCGCCUGUGCCAGCACAACGUGCCCGACUGUACCGACAGCUCCUGCUUCAACGGGGGCACCUGCGUGGACGGCGUCGCCUCCUUCACCUGCCGCUGCCGCCCCGGCUUCACCGGCGCCCACUGCCAGCACCCGCCCGACGGGUGCCGGGCCCAGCCCUGCCUGCACGGCGGCACCUGCCUCCCCGCCGCCGCCCCCGGCGCCUACCGCUGCCGCUGCGCCCGCGGCUACGCCGGCGCCCAGUGCCAGCUCCCGGUGGACCUGUGCCAGCCGUCGCCCUGCCGCAACGGCGCCCGCUGCGUCCAGACGGGCCCCGAGGUGACCUGCGAGUGUCCCGGCGGCUGGUCGGGCCCCACCUGCGACGUCCCCAACGUGUCCUGCGCCGCCGCCGCCGCCCGCAGGGGGGUGACCCCGGAGCAGCUGUGCCACGCGCGGGGCCGCUGCGUGGACACCGGCAGCACCCACCAGUGCCUGUGCCACGAGGGCUACGCGGGCGCCUACUGCGAGGGCACCCUGGACCGCUGCCAGCCCGACCCCUGCCAGCACGGCGCCACGUGCCGCAGCUACGUGGGCGGCUUCCACUGCGAGUGUCCGCCGGGCUUCGAGGGCGAGCGGUGCCAGCGGGAGGUGGACGAGUGCCAGUCGCGGCCCUGCCAGAACGGCGGCUCCUGCGUCGACCUCGUGGGCCGCUACGUCUGCUCCUGCCCGCCGGGCACCCUGGGCGUGCUCUGCGAGAUCAACGAGGACGACUGCGCGGCGGGGCCGGGCACCCGGGCACCCAAGUGCCUCAACAACGGCACCUGCGUGGACCAGGUCGGGGGGUACCGCUGCGCCUGCCCCCCCGGCUACACCGGCCGCCGCUGCGAGGGUGACGUCAACGAGUGCCGCAGCCAGCCCUGCCACCCGCGCCACAGCCGGGCCUGCGUGCAGGGCGCCAACGCCUACCGCUGCCUCUGCCAGCCCGGCUUCACCGGGCGCCGCUGCGAGAGCCCGGUGGACCCGUGCGAGGUGCAGCCGUGCCAGAGCGGCGGGCAGUGCCAGCCGGCCCCCGGCACCCCGCUCGGCUUCCUCUGCCGCUGCCCGCCGGGCUUCGCGGGCGCCCGCUGCGAGCGGGGGACGGCCUCGUGCCGCCAGCUCUCCUGCGCCAACGGGGGCAGCUGCCAGCCGUCGCCCCUGGGCGCCCGCUGCGCCUGCCCGCCGGGCUUCGGCGGUCCCGAGUGCCGGGCGGGCGCCAACGGCACCUGCGGCUGCCUCAACGGGGGCAGCUGCGGCGCGGGGGGCACCCGCUGCCUCUGCGCCCCGGGCUUCGAGGGAGCCCGCUGCGAGCGGGCGCCGGCGCCCGACCCCGCCGGCUGCCCCGCGCCCGAGUGCCGGGGCCGGGGCGGCGACGGGCGCUGCGACCGGCGGUGCAACAGCGCGCCGUGCCGCUGGGACGGCGGCGACUGCUCGCUGCUGGUGGGCGACCCUUGGCAGCACUGCCGGGCCGCCGGGUGCCCGCAGCUCUUCAACAACAGCCGCUGCGACCCGGCCUGCAACACGGCGCCCUGCCUCUACGACAACUUCGACUGCCGGGCCCGCGACCGCGCCUGCAACCCCGUCUACGAGCAGUACUGCUCCGACCACUUCGCCGACGGCCAGUGCGACCAGGGCUGCAACACGGAGGAGUGCGGCUGGGACGGGCUCGACUGCGCCGGCGAGGUGCCCGAGGCGCUGGCCCGCGGCGUGCUGGUGGUCACCGUGCUGCUGCCGCCCGAGGAGCUGCGGCGUGCCAGCACCGCCUUCCUGCAGCGGCUCAGCGCCAUCCUGCGCACCUCGCUGCGCUUCCGCCUCGACCGCCACGGCCGCUACAUGAUCGAGCCCUACUACCGGCCCCAGCGCCUGCGCCGGCGCGAGGUGGCCCCCGAGGUCAUCGGCUCCGUGGUGACGCUGGAGAUCGACAACCGCCUCUGCUCGCAGGCCUCCGACAAGUGCUUCCCCGACACCCGCAGCGCCGCCGACUACCUGGCCGCGCUCUCGGCCGUCGAGCGCCUCGACUUCCCCUACCCCAUCAAGGCCGUGCGCGGUGACAAGCUGCCCGAGGCCCCCGACCCGGUGCGCCUGCUGCCGCUGGUGGUGGUGGGCGGCGUGAUCCUGCUGGCCAUCGCGGUGCUGGGCGUGCUGGUGGCCCGGCGCAAGCGGGAGCACAGCACCCUCUGGUUCCCCGAGGGCUUCAGCCUCGCCAAGGAGAGCAACAAGGACCGCCGCGAGCCCGUGGGGCAGGACGCCCUGGGCAUGAAGAACAUCGGGAAAGGCGAGAGCCUCAUGGGCGAGCCCUCGGAGGAGUGGCUGGACAGCGAGUGCCCCGAGGCCAAGAGGCUCAAGGUGGAGGAGCCGGGCGCCGAGCCCGAGGACCCUGUGGACUGCCGCCAGUGGACCCAGCAUCACCUGGUGGCAGCUGACAUCCGCAUGCCGCCCGCCAUGGCCCUCACGCCGCCCCAGGGAGAGUUCGACUCCGACUGCAUGGACGUCAACGUCCGCGGGCCGGACGGCUUCACGCCGCUGAUGCUGGCCUCCUUCUGCGGCGGCGGCCCGGAGGCCGAGGCGGCCGAGGACGAGGAGGGCGACGACGCCUCGGCCGGCAUCAUCGGCGACCUCAUCUGCCAGGGCGCCAGCCUGGGCGCCCAGACGGACCGCACGGGCGAGACCGCCCUGCACCUGGCCGCCCGCUACGCCCGCGCCGAUGCCGCCAAGCGCCUGCUGGACGCCGGCGCCGACACCAACGCCCAGGACAACACCGGGCGCACGCCGCUGCACGCCGCCGUCACCGCCGACGCCCAGGGCGUCUUCCAGAUCCUCAUCCGCAACCGCUCCACGGACCUGGACGCCCGCAUGGGCGACGGCUCCACGGCGCUCAUCCUGGCCGCCCGCCUGGCCGUGGAGGGCAUGGUGGAGGAGCUCAUCGCCUGCCACGCUGACGUCAACGCCGUCGACGAGAGCGGCAAGUCGGCGCUGCACUGGGCCGCGGCCGUGAACAACAUGGAGGCGACGCUGGCGCUGCUCAAGAACGGGGCCAACAAGGACAUGCAGGACAGCAAGGAGGAGACCCCGCUGUUCCUGGCCGCCCGCGAGGGCAGCUACGAGACGGCCAAGAUCCUGCUGGACCACUUCGCCAACCGGGAGAUCACGGACCACCUGGACCGGCUGCCGCGCGACAUCGGCCACGAGCGGAUGCACCACGACAUCGUGCGGCUGCUGGACGAGUACAACACGGUGCGCAGCCCCCCGGGCCCCCUGCCCGGGCCCCACAGCCUCUCGCCCCUCCUCUGCCCCCCGGCCGCCUUCCUGCCCGGCCUCAAGGGCGCCGCGGGGGCCAAGAAGCCCCGGCGCCCCAACGCCAAGGGGACGGGCGCCGGGGCGCCCAAGGAGCCCAAAGGGCGCGGCAGGAAGGCGGGCGCCGAGUGCCCGGGGCUGGAGAGCUCGGUGACGCUGUCGCCCGUCGACUCGCUGGACUCGCCCUACGUGCCCGGCGCCGCCUCGCCGCCCGCCCUGCUGUCGCCCGGCCUCUUCCGCCCCGAGGCGCCCUUCGCCGUGGGGCGCCUGGGCGAGGGGGGGCCCGGGGCCGGGGGCCGCCCGGCGGCCUGCGUGGGGCUGGGCUUGGUGGGGCCGGUGGCGGUGCCCUUCGAGUGGCCCUGCCGGGCGCCCCGUCACCCGCUGCUGGGCCUGGGGGCCCCCAACCUGCCGCCCCCGCCGCCCCCGCCGCCCCCGCCGCCCCCGCUGCUGGCCUACGGCCCCGGGGUGCUGCUGCGAGCGGCGGGCGUCGCCGUGGCGGCGGGCGUCCCCGUGGGUGCGGGUGUCCCCGUGGGGGCGGGUGUCCCCGUGGGUGCGGGUGUCCCCGCGGGGGGGGGCGCCGGGGAGGACUACGGGCCCGGGCGGUACCUGCGGGUGCCCAGCGAGCACCCCUACCUGACGCCCUCGCCCGAGGAGUCGCCCGAGCCCUGGGCCAGCCCCUCGCCCCGCUCCCUCUCCGACUGGUCCGAGGCGGCCGGCAGCCCUGCCGUGCUGCCGCCCCCCCAGACCCAGCUGGGGCCCCCCCCGGCCCCCCCCGAGCAGCCCCCCAACAUGCAGGCUUUCGCCUGAGCCCGCCCCCCCCAAAAAAAGGGGGGGGGCACCCUUGGGUGCCCACUUUUGGGUGCCCCCAUCUUGGGUGCCCAUCACCACCCUUGAGUGCCCCCCCCUUGGGUGCCCCCCACCCUUGGGUGCCCAUCACCACCUUUGGGUGCCACCCCCCACCCAUGGUGCCCCCCCACCCUUGGGUGCCCAUCACCACCCUUGGGUGCCCCCCCUUGGGUGCCCACCUUUGGGUGCCCAUCACCACCCUUGGGUGCCCCCCCUUGGGUGCCCUUCACCACCCUUGGGUGCCCCCCCUUGGGUGCCCACCUUUGGGUGCCCAUCACCACCCUUGGGUGCCCCCCCUUGGGUGCCCUUCACCACCCUUGGGUGCCCCACCCUUGGGUGCCCACCUUUGGGUGCCCACCACCACCCUUGAGUGGCCCCCCCUUGGGUGCCCCCCACCCUUGGGUGCCCAUCACCGCCCUUGGGUGCUCCCCACCCUUGGGUGCCCCCCCUUAAAAAAAAAACACAAAACCCCCACUUUUUUUACAAAAAUUCCCCCCCCCAAGUAGCCCCCCCCCAAGGGGCGUCCGGCUGGACCCCCCCCCUUUUCCACAUCCCCCCCCCCCGAUUUCUUUAAAAGAAAGGUCCUUUUUGGGGGGGAAAAGGGCAUUUUUGCAAGCCGGCGCUUGCGGUUUUGGGGGGGUUUUUAUUUUUCUUUUGUGCUGAGUGUAGCGGGCAGCCGGGGGGGGUGGGGGGCACCCAGUGGCCCCCCCCUUGAUUUCUCCCCCCCCUCCUUUGCCCCCCCAGUUUGGGGGGGGCUGGGGCCCCCCUGUAUUUGUGUACUGGGUACGCAGUGUUUUUAACUACCCCUGCCAGGCCUGGGACCCCCCCCCCACCCAAUUUUUGGGACCACCCCCUCCCCUUUUUGGGGACCCCCCCAUUUUGGGGACCCCCCCAUAUCCUCCUUGUCCCAGGAGCCCCCCCCCAUCCAAGGACCCCUAUUUUGGGGGAUCCGCACCCCAUGUGGGGUUGCCUGUCCGGGGGACCCCCCCCCAUCUCCCAGGCCCCCCUGUCCUGGGACCCCCCCAACCCAGGACCCCCCCACCCUGACCCCCACCCAUGUCCUGGGACCCCCCCCAUUGUCCUAGGACCCCCCCCAAUCUGGGGCCACCCCUUGUCCUGGGAACCCCCUGUCCUGGGACCCCCCCCACCCAACCCAGGACCCCCAUGUAUUGGGACGCCCCCCCUCCUGAGCCCAGGACCCCCCCACCCUGACCCCCACCCAUGUCCUGGGACCCCCCACCCAACCCAGGACCCCCCCAUGUAUUGGGACACCCCCCCCCCCGAGCCCAGGACCCCCCCACCCUGACCCCCACCCAUGUCCUGGGACCCCCCACCCAACCCAGGACCCCCCAUGUAUUGGGACACCCCCCCCCCCGAGCCCAGGACCCCCCUACCCUGACCCCCACCCAUGUCCUGGGACCCCCCACCCAACCCAGGACCCCCCCAUGUAUUGGGACACCCCCCCCUCCCGAGCCCAGGACCCCCCCACCCAACCCAAGACCCCCAUGUAUUGGGACACCCCCCCCCAGCCCAGGACCCCCCCACCCUGACCCCCACCCAUGUCCUGGGACCCCCCACCCAACCCAGGACCCCCCUCCCCAUCUCGCCCCCCCAUCUCCGUCCCCCCCCCCCCAGAAUUUUUGGCACUUCUUCACAUUCCAGGUACUUUCGUCCUUCGGUGACACCCCCCACCCAUGUGCCCCCCCCACGUGACCCCCCCCACCCAAACGCCCCCUCGGGGGGCAGCACUGCCGCCCCAGCGCCCCGUCACCCCCCCCCGCCGUCCCCAGCACUGUGUACGUCCCCCGGCCGGGGGGGGGGGGAGCACCCAUGGGUGCCCCCGCCCCGGCCCGCGCGGUAGCCUAGGGGGGCUCGGCCCCCACCCGCUUCGGCCCCCCCCGGCCCCCCCGCGAUGGGUGCCCCGGGGGGCCCCGGCGUCCCCGCCGGUGCUGUACAGCCCCUGCGCGGCCCAAUAAAGGCUAGUUACCCCCC